AUGGCCAAGAAUUUUGUGAUCCUAGGUGCCGGUCUGACUGGUCUUCCUCUGGCUCAUUAUAUUCUCAAACAUUAUGCCACCAAACACGAUCUCAAAGUCAUCCUCGUUUCGCGAUCCGACGAGUUCUACUGGAACAUAGCAACUCCACGGGCUGCUAUCCCCGGCCAGCUCACAGACGACCAAGUCUUCUUCUCAAUCCCUAAAGCUUUUUCCAAAUACCCCUCUCAGAGAUUUGAGUUUAUUCUCGGAAAUGUCGAGACCUGGGACCCUGACGAGAACUCGGUCGCCGUGAACCAGAGUGAUGGGCAGACACGAGCACUCCACUAUGACACUAUCCUUGUGGCCACUGGCAGUGACUACAGCGAUAAAAUGCCGUGGAAGCUAGUCGGAACAUCUCGAGAAACCCGCAGUUCCCUCGUCAAAUUACGGGACGCAGUGGACAAGGCAAAAUCAAUCAUCGUGGGCGGUGGAGGUCCCACGGGCGUUGAGUUCGCUGGUGAACUUGGCCAUGAGUAUGCAAAGGCAAGCAAGAAGGAGGUGAUACUGGUUAUCGCUGAUAAGCUUCCCCUCGAAUCCAAGAACCUUGAAGCAACGCGACAGGCAGCAAAGAAGGAGCUUGAGAAGCUCAAGGUCAAGGUCAUUACGAGUGCCAGGAUCACAAACACCACCCACAAGGACGGAGGAGGAAGCAUCCUGGAGCUCACAAAGGCCGAUGGAACCAAGGAGAUGCUCGAGACGGAUUUAUUCGUGCCUACUUGGGGUGUAACUUACAACACCUCCUUUGCACCCUCUUCCCUACUCGAACCAAACGGCCGCCUCAAAGUGACAUCCUCUCUCCGCGCACCAGGCUACGACAACGUCUUCCUCGCCGGCGACGCUGCAAACGCUGACUCGUACGCUGCCACGAUCAGAGAACCUCAGGUGCGCUAUCUUGCCACUGCGAUCGGCCAGUAUCUUGCAGGAGGAAAGGUGCAAGACUACUCUCCGGAAACAAAGGUCGGACUGGCUGCCUCAGUUGGACCUAGUCGUGGAAUUGGACAAAUGGGAAACUUUAACAUGUGGAGUUUUCUUGUGUGGUAUUUCAAGGCUCGGCAUAUGUGCACGAAUGUUGCUGCUGAGUAUGCAGCGGGCGAGAGUCUUAUCUUGGGGUCCUUUUGA